UACACCGCUUGCCUCGCGCAUGCCGAGGUCACCUUCGUUGAAGAAACAGGCGAAGUCAUCCGCGUCAUAGGGUAUUUUGGGCACAACGAUAUGUGCAAGGAGUCCAUGCUUGUUCGAUUCCCUGCCGUACCGCUUGCGCCCCACGUCGUGGAGAUUGCGUUGCUGCAGUUGCGCGGAGGUGCAGAUGUCGCCCAGAUCCGCAACAGGAACAUGGAGAUGUUCUCCCGACAACUAUAUCGUGGCCAGCGCGAUGUCGACCCCAUGCAACAGAACAUGCGCUACGAGCUCCAGACGAGCGACUUCAGUCGGCUCUACCGACAACACUAUCGUGCAGACUACAACAUCGACGUAUCCAUCCCUCCUGAAUACAACGUCGACAACUGGUUAGACCCAACAAGCCCACACUACAAACGUGACAUCGCAGACUCCAUAUUCCACUACGCAGCAAGAGCCGAGAAUGAGGAACGCUUCAAGGUCUGCAUCGCCACACCCGAGAUGCGCACCGCGGCCUGGAAGUAUUGUCACCAGAAGCAGCUCGUUUUGGACGGCACAUUUGGGGUUUGCACCUCAAAACUUCUCCUCUGGAUAGCUAUGGGGGUCGACGAGGCUCAUCACGGAGUACCUGUCGCCAUGUUUCUGUUCUCCGCUCCAUCCGGGAACCGUGCGACACAUGCUGGCUAUGACACCGAGAUACUCACUGAGAUCCUCGGAAGCUGGAGAGAUUGGAUGGGUAAAAGCCCGGACGAGGCGAACAUCCCAUUCGAACCCUUUGUAGCAAUGACAGACACCGACCAGAAGGAGCGCGGCGCCCUGCUGAACCUCUGGCCAAACAUAAUACUCCUCCUGUGCAAGUUUCACGUCCGACAAUGUUGGAAGAACAAGCGCAAUUCGCUGUACAACAAGCAAGCCCCCCACUGGCGAUCGUACCUCGAAAGUCGUGCACAAACUCUCGAAGAAGCCCUCCUGCAGACUGUUGCCCAUGAAGUUGCGGUCACACUGCUCGCCGAUGAAGAGGAGACCUUGCAUGCAAUAGCGACUGCUGACGCAGCGGGGGGCAAGGCCAGCCAGGCAGGCUUGUCAUACCUCGAAUACCUGCGCUCACAGUGGAUGCCCGUACCGAUGUGGACAGGGUGGUCACGGAGGGGUCGAGAGAACGCGGCGAAGCGGAUGGGAAUAUCAGUGGACGAAGUCCUUCCGACAACGAACCAUCUUGAGGCAUUCAACGGGAGCCUCAAACGAAACCAUCUC